CUUCUUUGUUUCUAGAUGAGUCGUAAGUUGAGACGACUGAGCCACUCAGCCCUUACUUUCGCCACCUCUCUCUACGCUAGCGUCAGGAUCAAAUCCGCCAUUCUCUUCCCUUUCCUCCGUCGAUUCCUCUCCAAAACCCUAAACUUCCUCUCCCCCAUCAUGGAAUCUUGGCUCUUCUCCUCCUCCGAUGACGACGCCGGCUUUGGCCUCGAUUUGUCCUUCUCUAACUUCACCCCACAACUAUCCCACCUCGACCCUGAAUCCCUCUUCCUAGUCCCCUUCAGGUGGUGGAGUGAGGCUAAAGAGGGAUUGUGUAGUAGUGGUGAAGUGAGUGAGAGUGAGAUUAGUGGUACUCUGUACAAUGCAACAGCAAUUUUGAAGCGCUCAGAUGUUUUCCCUGGUGAAUCUAGUACUGAAACAGAGAUUGUUUUGGAUAUGGAUAUGGAUAUGGAGAGGGAGGGUGAGACUGAGGAUAAUGAGGAAGGUGUUUCAGGUAAGGCGUUAGCCUUGGUGUCCGAAUGGAUGUUCUUGAGAGCUAUGAAAUGGCAUUUUGAUAUGAAGAAUGUGGGAGGUUUCCUAGCCCCAGAUGAUACCCUGCACGACUUGUUCUCUUUACAUAUCAGAUUAUUGUAUAUUUCGAAAACAAAUUCUUUGGCUAUAAGAAUUAGCCUAAAGGACAAUGAAGUUGGAGUGUUUGAUAGAGCCUGCGGUAUAUUCUGCGACACACCAGACUUGUUUCAUAUCUGGGAUUUUUCUGGACAAACUAUCCAAUUUGUGUUGAACAACAGGAAGUUAUUGAGCAAUUCUGGCCAACUUAAUGAAGAGAUUCUUCUGGAGUUAAAGGUCUAUGAAUUGCCAUGCAAUAAUGAUAGAAAAGGAAGCAGAAAAGAGGAAAUGACAUCUGAACACUGUAGUUCGUCAAAGAGUAGUGCCAGCACUGAUGCUAUUAUGUGUUAUUCUGGAGUUAAUGGAAAUUUCGUAAUUGGUAGCAGCAAAAAUAGUGCUUGUGCUCUGGGCUUGACUGGAUUGGGUAACCUUGGAAACACCUGCUUCAUGAACAGUGCUCUUCAGUGUAUGGUGCACACUCCAAAGCUUGUUGAUUACUUCCUUGGAGACUUUAAAAAAGAUCUGAAUUUUGAAAAUCCUUUGGGCAUGAAAGGGAAGCUGGCUCUAGCAUUUGGUGACUUGCUACGAAAGCUUUGGGCUCCUGGAGCAACAACUGUUUAUCCUGAGAUGUUCAAGUCAACAAUCGCUAGUUUUGCUCCUCAAUUUAGUGGCUAUAAUCAACAUGACUCCCAAGAAUUUCUUGCCUUUCUGUUGGAUGGACUGCAUGAAGAUAUCAAUCGUGUCAAACACAAACCUGAUAUAGAAACCAAGGAAGAAGAUGAUCGCCCAGAUGAAGAGGUGGCAGAUGAGCACUGGUCAAAUCAUCUAUCUCGCAAUGAUUCUGUCAUAAUUAAUCUGUGCCAAGGUCAGUAUCGGUCAAAGUUGGUCUGUCCUGUUUGUAAGAAGUCAUCUGUCACAUUUGAUCCAUUCAUGUAUUUAUCAUUGCCGCUUCCAUCGACAACAAUGCGCACAAUGACUUUGACAGUGUUCAGCAGUGAAGGGACCACUAUGCCAUUUCCAGUUACAGUAACUGUGCCAAAAUAUGGACGCUCUAAGGAUCUUGUUGAAACAUUGAUCUCUAAAUGUUCUUUGAGUGAUGAAGAGACACUUCUUGUGGCUGAGAUAUAUGGAAGUUCUAUUAUUCGUUUUCUAGAUGAUCCUACUGAUUCUAUAGAGCUAGUUAGAGAUGAUGACACCCUUGUUGCCUAUCGAUUGCCAAAAGAUGAUGAUGGAUCUCGUUUAGUUGUCUUCCAGCAUCAAUGCAAGGAAAAAUCAAUUGUUCAUGGCUCUCACAAGAAACUUGGCACUCCCCUUGUUACAAGGAUAUCUGACUUUUCCAGUGGAUCUGCAAUUCACAAACAAUACGAAAGGUUGCUAAGCCCCUUUUUAGUUCAAGAAGAAGAUUCGCCAAGUGAUUACAAUGAUGCACAGAAUAGCACAAACCAUGAUUCUGAAAUGAUGGAUGUGAUGCCCAAUGGAGAUUCAAAUUUGAAGAAUGAAUUCAAAGAUGACUCAUUAUUGGCUGGUGACUUCCAGUUUUACUUGGAAAAUAAGAUCCUUUUAUCAAUGGAUGAACCUGUGCCAGUCUCAAACUCAUAUGAGCCUGUAAAUAUGCUUGUUACCUGGCCUGAGAGAAUGGUCGAUGUCUAUGAUACCGCCCGUCUUAGCACCUUGUCAGAAGUAUGUAAUUCUGCAUUGGAUGGAGGAAAGCCACCAGAGUCUGUUUCACUUUAUAAAUGCCUUGAUGCCUUCUUAAAGGAGGAGCCUCUGGGUCCCGAGGACAUGUGGAACUGCCCUAAUUGCAAAAGGCCUCGGCAAGCCAGUAAAAAGCUGGACCUUUGGAGACUGCCAGAAAUUCUGGUCAUUCACUUGAAGAGGUUUUCCUACAACCGGUUUCUCAAAAACAAGCUGGAUUUGUAUGUGGAUUUUCCAAUUGAUGAUUUUGAUCUUUCAAGUUAUAUUCUUCACAAGAGUGAUGAAAUAGACCAUCGCUACAAGUUGUAUGCUGUAAGUAAUCACUAUGGAGGAAUGGGUUAUGGUCAUUAUACUGCAUAUGUCCAACAUGGACAUAAUAGGUGGUACGAGUUUGAUGACGCUCAUGUCUCUGCAAUUAUGGAGGAUAAGAUAAAGACGUCAGCUGCGUAUGUUCUCUUUUACAGGAGGGUUUAAGAUAUAAAGACGCUCCUUUUUUUCGUCAUUUUGCUUGUAGCGAAAUUUCUGCCUCGGUGUUGUUACAUUUGGUCCCAUGUCAAGUUUCAAUUUCAACUUGUCGAAAAACUCGGGUUCUUAGUUUCGUGUACAUAAGAUACCCUUCCUUUAUAUGUUUCACACCAACAUGAAACUGGAAUUUUAAGCCAAGCUUAGAUUAGAACACUCAUGUUAUACACAGCUGAUGGCUUUUAGGAAUUCACACAUUUUUUGAAAAUGACUUGAUCCCAGGAAGUGUUUCUGGGAAAACUGUAUAUACAUUCAUUCUCUUGACAAGCUUAAUAGUGUAUUUUGUUGGCUCA